AUGACGAAUAAGCUGGGAAACUCAGUCAAUCACUUUGGAAAGACUGGUCUCAAACUUGAGCCAAAGUUCGAGAAAUAUGAGACCUGGGCUGACGCUCAGAAGUACUGCAGAGAGAGGUACACUGACCUGGCUACUGUCAGCAACCAGGAGGAGUCAGAUCAGCUGGUGGCUGCUUCACCAGAAGAUUUUGUCAUGUGGAUAGGACUGUCUGGUAAAAUUAACAGGUGGAAAUGGUCACUGGAGGAAGAGGGAUGCUAUGGCAAAGGAGAGGACAAGUUCAGGAACUGGCGUGUUGGUGAACCCAAUAACGUCAAUGGAAUUGAGAAGUUUGCUAUUAUGUCACCUUAUGGAGAAUGGAAUGAUGUCAAUUCUGACUAUGAAACUUUCUUUGUCUGCUAUGAAGAAACAGAUUCCCCCGCUGGAAUUGGUACCACAGUCUCCUCCAACUUCAUCUAUGUGAAUGAGAAAAAGACCUGGGAGGAGGCUCAGAGCUACUGCAGGGAGCACUACACUGACCUGGCUAGUGUGAGGAACCAGGCUGAGAACGAAGAGAUCAAAAAGAGUAUUCAGGGCAACUCUGUCUUGAUCGGCCUCUACAAAGACACGUUGUGGAACUGGUCUGAUGGGAGCUCCUACUCCUUCAGGAAUUGGGUGUCUGACAGAUCACUUGUCAGCUUCCAAACUGCUUGUGGGGCCAUUCAUGAAGGAAGAUGGCAUAGCCGUUCCUGUGAUGAGAAACUAUACUUUGUGUGCCAAAAUGCCAUUAAAGACCAGGUGAAGAAGCGGGUGCUGAGGGUGAAACUGACUAAAAAGGACCCCUCUCUGAACCUGGAGGACGCAGCGGACGCCAUCUUGCAGCAGCUCAGGCAGACACUGAAGGAGCACGGUCUAAGUAAAGAUAUGAAGCUGACAUGGAGGAAGCAGCCGGACGGAAAAGUCUUCAACCUGGAGGAAAAGAAAGAGAAGAAGAAGAACAAUUGUACAUGAUUUUUUUAAUUUAGAGACUUUUUCCACAUAGGCUCUUCAUUCAGCUGUUAGAAAAUUAUUAGACAUCCUUGUCAUUGUUCUUGAUUCAUCAUUGUACUUAUUUUUUAGUCUAAAGAAGUUGUUUUUUCUUUGUGAGUAACAGAGGGAUGUUUUAACACAAAGUAGAAGUGGAGAAAGCAAAUCAUUCAAGAGUCUUAAUUAACUAAAACCACACUAAGGGAGUAUAACUUCUGCUCGACAACACCGAUAACAGAUACACACACCUAUUCAA